UUCUGUACUUUCCCUUUACUUUCGUUUGGCGACAAGAUAGAGAUGGCAUCCAGACGUAUGGAUGACAGCCGUCGAGACGUUCUUCGGAGGAAUACAAUGUUGUUCAAAACUGAUAUGACCUGUGUCAGUGAUGUUGUGGCUCACCUUUAUUCAAACUUUGUUCUAAAUGAGUCGAUGAAAGAUGAAAUUUUGGAAUGCCGUGGACGAGGGGAACAAGCUGUACAACUACACAGCCGGAUUCCUAAAAGGGGGGACAAUGCUUUUGAUUUUUACUAUCUUGCAUUGAGAGAUACCAACAAUGAUGUGUUGGCAGAUGUUUUGGAGCCUCACCUGUGUAAUCCGUUAAUAAAAACCACAGGUACACCUGCGCACACAAAAGGACCUGUGCAAGAAACAGUAGCCAAGUCACCUGUUACCUCCCCUACUGAUGACGAACCUCCAGAUGUCCCUCCUGUUUGGCCAGAUGUUACAGCUUCACCACUUGAUGUAAAGGUGAAAAAAUGUCGUCCAGAUGAUGUUGAUAUGAAAAAGAAGUUUAUGGAUGAUGAUAAUGUAUAUUGCAUGAAAUCCAAGUCAAUGAGAAUUCUCAUUAUCAACAAUGAAAAGUUUGAAAACGCCAAGGAUACGAAUGAAGCCCUGGACACGCGUGAUGGGACCAAUAUUGACGCUACCAGCCUGGAUAUGGUGUUCAGACAAAUGGGGUUUAGACACAUAAGAACAGAACCUGAAUUAACAGGACUGAGAAUUCUGAAAACUUUGAAAGAAGAGGCUGCAGAUCGAAAGCGGACAGACGAGGGCUUUAUGUGUUUCAUUCUGUCCCAUGGCAAUGUUGGAAGCGUGUAUGGAACUGAUGGCGUUCCAGUAUCAUUAGAAGAUAUCUAUAAACAAUUUGAUGGGAAAAUGUGCAGAGCUUUACUAGGCAAACCCAAACUAUUCUUCAUUCAGGCUUGUCAAGGCACAAAGAAGGAUGACACCAAACAGUCUCCAACUCCAGAAGAAAACGUAGCUGAAUUAGAGGAACAGUUCAAAGACCUACAUCUACCAAGAGAAGCUUCAGAUUCCAGUGCUGAUGUAGCAACAAAAGCAGACAUGCUAGUUGCCACGGCAACCACGGCAGGUUAUGUCUCUUGGAGGAACAUAGAGCAUGGGUCUUGGUUUAUACAAUCGCUGGUUUACAUGCUUAAGAAUCAUGCCCACAAGUAUGAUUUACAGAAAAUACUCACUUUGACCAAUCGUAUGGUGGGUCAAAAUGCCACUCAGAAGGGAGGAUACAAACAGGCAGCUGAAAAGAGAGAUACACUGAGAAAGGACUUCUAUUUCUUCCCUGGCUUAGGUGAAGGCAGUGAUGAGUUUUUUUGACAUUAUGUCCUUUCUGGUGAUCAAUUGGAUUAUCGGACUGCUUUGUGUUCAAGCUUUAAAACUGUUUUCAACUUUUUUUUUUUUUUUCAAUUUUGUAUUGCAAACUGUGUUCUGGCUUAACCACUGACCAUUGACAAGCACAAUAUUAGAUUUAUAGGCCUACUUCAUAAGUCCUUUAAUAUCUGUCAUACCCAAAACAUCACUCACAUAAUCAUGGGAGUUGUCAUAAUUAGGCAGCAAGAUAGUCAUGUCAUGUGAUGUGCUUUUGAGUAGUGUUAGAUUUAGGAUUAACAGUGUGCUUAAAGGUUGACUUUCAAUAAAGGUUUUGAUGUUUAUGUUUAAAAAUAUUUUUUCUUAUGAGAAUAGGUAAACCUGAACUUAAUUCUUUGCCCUACUUCAAACAUAUUGGUUUCAAGCUGAACAUAUACUGGUACAUGGAUCUGUAUAAAUUUCCAAAUUGUGCCUGUACAUUUGUCUCUCUGUAAAACAUCACACAUCAAUUCCUGAAAGUUUAAAACAAAAAAAGCCCACUUUUGCAGCUGCACACUUCUUUUGCUAACGAGAAUAGAAUCAUUUUUUGGUAAUUUGACAAAGUAUAAUACCAUCAGUGUUGAAAUAAAGAUUUGGUUGACAUGCAAAAUGAAUUACUAUAUUCUAAGUUUUAAAUGACACAUUUUUAUUUUUACUUAAGUAGUUUUUAAUAGUCUCACACAAUGCCUGUGAAUUCUAUAUUACAUUCAAUUGGUCAGAUUUCAGUAUUGUUGAAUGGUAUGCAGAAUGCACAUGCCAGUGUAGAAUUGAUACAAACUUGAUGUAAAUUAUCUCUCAAGUGUAUCUCAGAAAAGAUUUUCUGCGCAAUUCCAAUUGUGUGUUCUUGUUGUACUAGUAUAUCUACAUAUAUUUUUUUAUGCUUUUCUGUAAAUUAUUAUUUCUUAAAUUUUUGCUCACUUUUAUAUACAUGAUGACAUAUAUGGACAUAUGUGUAUUCCUGUACAAGGCAAUUGGCAAUGGUCAAGGUGCUUUUCAAUAGAUAGCACACAUGAGGCGUGGGUUCAAGCCCAGCCAUGGUCUGUGAUUUGUAGCUUCUUCAGGUCUCGAUGUUUGUGGAACGUUCAUGACAAUAAGGGGUCAGCAAUGGCCGUGACAUGUGGUAGUCUUAACAGUUGUUGAAGACCACUUGUCUUCCACCAAAUUGACUAUGGCGUGCACACAUAUCCCACAUGGGAAAGUUCGUCAGUAUAAACUUGUCAGUGGUGGGUGGUUAAAUACCCACGGGAACUUCUGUUUCCUCCACGUAUUUAACAGCAGUCAAAAACAUAAAUAAAUGUUUUUGUAUGACUGUGGGAUUUGUCCUACUUGUAGGUACAUAUCUUUUAUUUACAGCAUUAUAAAUCUCUUUUUAAUUUUGUGUAAAUAUGAUGUUAAUUUACCACAAAGGUGUCUUACAAGAGUGUCAAAUCUUGACGUUUUGUGUCUCAGAUGUGUUAACCACUCACAACAUAUUUGUGAUGAAGUUUUGGAUGCCAUUUGAAAAGUGACAACCGGAUUGAAUAGCACAGUUGGUAGAGCAUCCGUUUCGGGAGUGGUAGAUCCAGGAUCAAUCCUGGAUCGAGUCACACCUAAGACUUUAAAAGAGGAAGUUGUAACUUCCUCGCUUGGCGUUCAGCAUGAAGAGGAUAGUGCAGCGACUGGUUGAUCCGUAUCAGUAUAAUGGCUCAGGCGGGCGGCUUACUUGCCUUCGGUAAGUCGUCUCAGUGAAGCAGCACUAUAUAAAAGUGCGGUGGAAAUCCGUUCUGCGACAAGGAGGCACAUUACGUACACCCCACGGAUUCCUUCGUCGUCAUUGACUGAAAAAUUGUUGAGUACGAUGUUAAACCCAAACACUUAUGAAACCAUGCCAGUAUACAUGGGAAGGGUGUUCAGUGUGUGUUUAUGGAUCAUAUCAGUGAGGCAGCAUCUUAAACAUCAAUGCAAGCCAGGUACAAAGGGGUACCACAGUGUACAUGAAUGUCAUUUGACUGAAACCACCUUUUUGAAAACCAGCUUUUAUAGGGUACCUUAAUUGUUCAGCCCCUUUCGGAUAUGAAAAGGGCAACUUUCAGGGCAAUUUAUGCUCAUUUUUAAUCUGAUUUUGGAGACAAAAAGUAUAAUUUUAUCAGUGUACACAGAAUGAUGUCUUCAGAAUAUGUUCGAAUUAUCAUCUUGCAAACAUCGAAAAGGUUGAAGAAUUAAAGCAUGUGAUCCGAGUAAGAUUUCCUCAUUGUCAGUUACACUGUAGUUGCUGAUUAGCUAUCUGUCUUUGUAAUGUGCGUGGGAUGUUGGAAAAAGGUGAGAAGUUCUAUACCUCUGAGCAUGUAAUUACAUUUCAUUAAUCAUGUACAUAGUAUUAAAUCCAAUUACCAUUGUGUCAGUCAUUCAAUAAUUUGUCACAGUCAGAGGCAUGUAAUCAGUUGCGAGAGUAUGUUAUUGAGUAUUUAAACCAGUAUUGAGGAGGAACUGUCCCCCCUAGCUCUCCAGGGUUUUGAUUGGUUGAUAGCCCGAAGUGUCUGUUCAUUCGAUAGAACAUCUUUGCGAGAUGAAUAGAUAUGACACGUCUCAUCUUUGAACACUGUUUGGUGCUAAGUUAAUAACCAAGGAUACAUUCAGUGUUCCAGAAGGGGCCUCACUGGCUCAGAUGGUCCUAAUCACUGGCUCUGUGCCACUAUUAGUCCCUUGACUAAUGAAUUUGCGUGCUUCUGUUACUUUGGCCGCAGCUUUUAGACCGCAGGAUUGUCAAAUACCUAAGGGGCUCCCUUAGUAUUCUUGAGUACAGCAUGAAAGACCAAUCAAAGAAAUAAAUAAAUCAAAUACCUUGUAAAGGUCAGUGGUCCACUCUAGUUUCCUCUACUCAUAAACCUGACCAGUGUCGUACAGGUGAAAAAUUCUUGAAUACAGUACUAAACACUAAUCAAUCAAUCAAUGUUCCAAUCAAAUUUUCUGGACAGACAGCAAAACACUCUGAC